UUUCUCUCUCAUCUCAUCUCCUCUCGUUUUGCGCUUCCUAAUAAUAUAUUUUUGUUUUCUAUUUAUUUUCUCACUUUUUAUUCUCUCUCUCUCUCUCUCUCUCUCUGUCUUCCUCCUAUACAUAUCAAGAUCGCGAUCUAAUCUGUGCGAACAAGAUCGGGAAAAUUCAUAUUUCUUUCUCAUCGGUCAUUAAUCUGUAUCGUAAAUAUUCAGAUCUUUGGCGAACGAAAGAAGAAAAAAAAAAAAAAAAAGUGAAAUUGGGAACCCUAAUUUAAUUUUUGGGACAAAUUGGAUUACUGUUGUAAAAUUAAUUUUUUUUUUUUUUUUGGUUGUUGCUGUUAUUGUUUGUGUGUGUAUGGUAAAUUAAUAUCUAUUUUGGUUUGGGGAAGUUUGAAUAACGAACGGAUUUAUUUAUUUAUGGUCGAUUUUGGAUCUAAUUGUAUCGUGGAGUGGAAUAAUUAUUAAAGAGAUUGAAGAAACCCCAAGUAUGAUGGGGAAAGAUGAAAGUGUCAGAGUUGUUGUUGCAGAAGAAGAUGUAGAAGAAGGUGAGAUUUCUGAUUCAGCAUCGGUGGAGGAGAUCAGUGAGGAGGAUUUCAAUAAGCAAGAUGUUGUUACUAAGGUGUCCAAGGAUUCUUCCGAUUAUAAGGAAUCCAAACCCAUCUCCAAAGGAGGAAGUGAUGGUAGGGUUUGGACGAUGCGCGAUCUGUACAACUAUUCCGGUUACGGCCGGUACAAUACGGGUCUCUAUAAUCUUGCUUGGGCACAGGCAGUUCAGAAUAAACCCUUGAAUGAGAUUUUCGUGAUGGAUGUAGACUCUGAAGAGAAGUCGAAGCGAUCGUCGUCGUCUCCUUCUGUGAAUAGUGGAAGAGACGAGAGUGUUAAUGCCAAGGAAGUGGAUAAAGUUGUAAUUGAUGAUAGUGGCGAUGAAAUGGAUGCUGCUGAGAAGGAAGAAGGCGAAUUGGAGGAGGGUGAGAUUGAUUUGGAUUCAGAGCCUGUGCAGAAGGCGGCCCAAGAACCCAAAGAGGUUGCUUUGGAUUGUGAUCCUAUGAAUGUUGGUGAGUUGGAUUUUGAUUCGAGGAAUAGGAAGUUGGAGAAGCGAGUGCACUCCAUUCGGGAAGCUCUCGUGAGUGUUAGUGUGUUUGAUGCAGAGAAAUCGUUUGAGCAAGUUUGUUCCCUGCUACAAAACAUUUUGGAGGACUUGCUGGGAGUUCUUUUGGAUAUCGGUCAUAGCGAAAAGCAAGCUCUCGUUGAGCUUUCGUUUGUUGCAAUUCAAGCUGUCAACUCUGCUUUCUGCUCUAUGAACCAGAAUGAAAAGGAACAGAGAAAAGACAGUUUAUCGAGGUUACUGUCUACUGUGAAAAACCGCCUUCUUCACCACCUUUCUCCUGGACAGAUGAAAGAGAUAGAGUUCAUGAUAUCCUCUCUAGGUCUUCUUAGUGUUUUGCCGAGUACUCGAGUAAGUGAUAAACAGAAAGAGCUGCAGGAUAUUGAUGGGGUUCGUGAGAGGGAUUCUGCAAACAUUGGUGAAAAUGAAAGUAAUAGGACUUAUACUAAGUUCGCUUUGGGUUCUGUAUCUAUGGCAUCAAUGGAUCAUGGUCAUGCGGGUACAUUACCAGAUGCUUUGAGAACAGGAAUGCCUGGAGUUAAGAGCAGGGGGGUUCUUCUUCCCCUGUUAGACCUUCAUAAGGAUCAUGAUGCAGAUAGUCUUCCAUCACCAACACGAGAAGCACCGUCAUGCUUUCCUGUAUUCAAGACGUUGCCUGUUGGAGAUGGAAGUUUUAAAUCAGGGUUUAGCACUCCUAAGGUGGCACCGGACGCUGAGGAAUCUAGGCUGCAUCAUUAUGAAACUGAUGCCCUGAAAGCUGUUUCUUCAUACCAACAAAAAUUUGGUCGGAGUACCAUUUCAAUGAAUGACCGACUUCCAAGCCCAACCCCUUCAGAAGAAUAUGAGAAUGGUGAUGCUGAUACUAAUGGGGAGGUCUCUAGUUCUUUUACACUAAGCAAUCUAAGAACUGCAAGCACACCCAUUUUGGGGCAACCGGUUUUUUCUUCACCAACCCUUGUUAACAGUGCCAGUAUGCAAGGACCAAUUACUACUAAAAAUGCUGCACCUGUUAGUUCUGUUUCUAAUCCAACUGUGAAAGCAUCAGCAAAAAAUAGAGACCCUAGGCUUCGAUUUGCAAAUUCAGAUGUAGGUGCUUUAGAUCUUAAUCAAAGAACCUUGCCUAUGGUUCAUAGUGCACCUAAAGUUGAACCCAUUGAACCAGUGAACUCCCGUAAACAAAGGACUUUUGACGAGCCUAAUAUGGAUGGUCAUUUGACUAAAAAACAAAGAAUGGGAUUAGAGAAGUCUCGAAUUGUUAGUGAUAUAAAGACUGUGGCUGGAAGUGGUGGAUGGUUGGAGGACAGUGUUAACCUUGGACCUCAGUUAAGUAAUAAAAACACGUUCAUGGAGAAUGCAGAAGUUGAUUCCAGAACACCAGUUAGUGUAGUAAGUUGUCCUACAAAUUCCCCAAAUGUUGGUAAUGAGCAAGCGUCGGUAGCAAGUACAAGUACCAUAGCUUCCUUGCCUGCAAUAUUGAAAGACAUAGCUGUGAAUCCAACAAUGCUGUUAAAUAUUCUUAAAUUGGGACAACAACAGAGAUUAGCAGCAGAACAGCAGAAGUCUGCUGAUCCUGCAACAAUCGCAAUACAUCCUCCGAGCUCAAAUUCAGUUCCGGUAGCAGCUCCAUUGGUGAAUAAUGCUUCUUCUAUGGCCUCAAAAAUUUUGCAGAUUCCAGCAGGAACUCCUGCAGUUCCUUCACAAAUAGCUUCCAUUAGCCCACAAGAUGAAUUGAAUAAAAUCCGCAUGAAACCCCGUGACCCUCGCCGUGUUCUCCAUGGUAGUACACUUCAAAAGAGUGGGAGCAUGGGGCAUGAUCAAUUCAAGAAUAUUGUGCCCCCUUCAUCAAUCACCCGGGCAAAUAAGGAUAAUCCGAAUGGCCAAAAGCAGGAGGGUCAGGCAGAUAAGAUUUCAGCGCUUUCUCAAUCGGUUGCACCACCUGAUAUUACCCGGCAGUUCACCAAGAAUCUGAAAAAUAUUGCUGAUCUUAUGUCUGUAUCACAAGCAUCAACAAAACCAGCUAUAGUUUCUCAGAAUCUUUCUACCCAAUCAGUACCAGUCAAAUCACAGAGAGGAGAUGUGAGAGCCAGUGUUUCGAAUUCUGAGGAGCAGCAGAGUGGCACUAUUUCAGCUCCUGAUGUGGCUGUAGCUGGUUCUUCUCGUUCACCUAGCACAUGGGGAGAUGUUGAGCAUCUGUUUGAAGGAUAUGAUGACCACCAAAAAGCUGCAAUCCACAGAGAGAGGGCAAGACGGAUAGAAGAGCAAAAGAAAAUGUUUGCUGCUCGAAAGCUUUGUCUUGUCUUGGAUCUAGAUCACACACUUCUUAAUUCAGCUAAGUUUGUGGAAGUGGAUCCUGUGCAUGAUGAAAUUUUGAGAAAGAAAGAGGAACAGGAUCGUGAAAAGCCACAGAGACAUCUCUACCGACUGGCUCACAUGGGAAUGUGGACGAAGCUGCGACCCGGGAUCUGGAAUUUCUUGGAAAAGGCUAGUAAGCUUUAUGAGUUGCAUCUUUACACUAUGGGGAACAAAUUAUAUGCUACAGAGAUGGCAAAACUGCUAGACCCAAACGGAGCUCUCUUUUCUGGACGAGUUAUUUCUAAGGGUGACGAUGGGGAUCUUGUGGAUGGUGAUGAGAGGGUCCCCAAGAGUAAAGAUCUGGAAGGAGUUUUGGGUAUGGAAUCAGCUGUUGUAAUUAUAGAUGAUUCUGUGAAGGUCUGGCCACAUAAUAAACUGAACUUGAUUGUUGUAGAAAGGUAUAUAUACUUCCCUUGUAGUAGACGCCAAUUUUCACUUCCAGGUCUAUCUCUUCUUGAGAUUGACCAUGAUGAGAGGGCAGAAGACGGGACUCUGGCAUCUUCUUUGGCGGUAAUUGAGAGAAUACAUCAGAAUUUUUUCUCCCACCAGUUGUUAGAUGAAGUAGAUGUUAGAAAUAUUCUAGCCUCAGAGCAGCAGAAGAUAUUGGCGGGUUGUCGGAUAGUUUUUAGCAGGGUGUUUCCUGUCGAUGAGGUGAAUCCUCAUCUAAAUCAUUAUUGGCAGACAGCCGAACAGUUUGGUGCUGUGUGCACAAACCAGAUAGAUGAUCAAGUUACACAUGUAGUUGCCCUUUCGCUUGGGACUGAUAAGGUAAAUUGGGCUCUAUCAACUGGAAGAUUCGUUGUUCAUCCUGGCUGGUUGGAAGCAUCGGCUUUGCUUUAUCGGAGAGCAAAUGAGCAAGAUUUUGCCAUUAAACCAUAAACUAUCUCCUAAACACCCCCUCAGUUAAUUAAAAACCGAUGAACAUAAUCCAAGAAUCAUGUUGGAGUGGGAAUGGCCUUCGGGUCAAGAUGGGUGGGAUCCGACUGGGCUAGACCCGAGAGAAUGCUAUGCCUUGGCCUGAAUCCAUAUUUCCGCCCAAAUAUGGUUGGCGGUUGCAAUUACCCUUCUACCCUGCCCAUUUUGCGGAAAAGGAGUUUAUUGGAAUCUUACACAAAUACAGCCAACAAGCUUCAAAAUUAGGAGACGAGUGAAUCCUAGGUAUCUGAGCCUGGUGACUUGGGGUGGGCUUUAACCUAGGUUUGCCAUACCUGCCUGUUUUCCUUUAAAAAGAGAAAAAGAAAAAGAAAAAAAAAAUUAUUGAAGAAGAAGGAUAAAGAUUUUUGCUGUGGGAGAAAAUGAUAAAGUUGGUUGCAACUAAAUGUAUAUAGCCUUUUGGGAAACGUGGAUAAGUUUUGGGGAGUCAAAUGUAAGAAAAAGGAGAUUAAGACGACCUAAACUGAUAAAUUAUGAAAAUGACAAAAAAAAAAAAAAAAACGACAUGAAAGGUGCUGCCUAGUAUUUGACCAAUGGAGAUUGAAACAGUAAGUCUCGAAAUCCAAAUUAGAUGUUGAGUAAAGCUAUGUUGGAUGGUUCGUGGUGUUAAAAGGGGAUUUGGUAUCACUCGAAUCUAAUCCCCUAUUGAGACUUGUAUCCAUCCAAUUAAGUUGGCAUUGCUUAAAAAGAACGUCUUUUAGGGGAUAAAAGAUUAAAAAAAAAAAAAAAAAAAAAGUGAAAGCACUCCAAUAUAAAUGAGAAAGUUCAUAAUUCCAUUCUAUUUUUA